UCACAAUUAUAUGCACCAAAGCAUAUUAAUCCACAAAGUUCUCUUUACAAUAAGCGCUACCCUUUCGCGAGUUAUUGAUUAAAUCCAUGCGUAUUCUGUACGUUCAUCAAACAACUCUAAAGAUUCGCGCAGGCGCUCGUUUGAAUAUAACUCUAACGCACUAUUUGUUACUACAUAUAUAUUUGUCACAUUCAGUGCAUCGUGCGCCUUCACGAAGCGUCCAUCAUGACGUACUCCGAGCAUGAGGCAACAAACAUUCAACUUACAUAUAAAAAUAAUAACGAUUACAGUUUACAAUUAGCUCGUUGGUUUCUAAUGCCACUCGGUAUUUGGUCGCGAAUAAGCAUGACAACGAAAGCCGAGAAAUUUAUUUCAUACGUGCAUAUUCUUGUCUGUUCAUUCUUAAUGACAAUCGUUACGGUGCCGUUUUUCUUAUAUGUAUGGCUGGAGGAGAAAGAUAUAGAGAUAAAAUUGAGCAUGAUAGGUCCGUUGAGUCACUGGAUUAUGGGCAUGAUUAAUUAUUGUUUACUCCUUGCAUACACUAACGAUAUACGCAAAUGCGUGCAACACAUGGAAAUGGAUUGGAGACUGAUUAAAAAUAACGAGGAUCAACAGGUGAUGCUACAACAAGCCAAGGUCGGUCGUUUUGUCUCUGGAAUCUGCGCGAUAUUCAUGCAGAGCGGCACAUUUCUCUUCGCUAUAGUCAAAUCAUUGACUACCACGAUCGUUAUCGUUGGCAAUGAAACCAUUUCAAUGCGUCUAAUGGCUUGUCCGAUUUACAGCAAGUUUAUCGAUACAAGAUUCAGUCCCGCGAAUGAAAUCAUGCAAGUUAUAGAAAUAUUAUCAACUUUUAUAGUUAAUUCCGUUACGGUAAGCAUUUGCAGUCUCGAUGCGAUUUUUGCUAUGCACGCGUACGCUCAGCUGACUGUGUUAUUUUCGUGGUUAAAUAAACUUGUGGACAAAAAUAAUGAAAACAAUUUCGCUGGACGAAGAUUGGCUAUUAUUGUGGAACAUCAUUUGAGAGUGCUGAGUUUUAUAUCACGUAUGGAAUCUAUUAUGCAAAAUAUUUGUCUCGUGGAAUUGCUGGGCUGUACAAUGAAUAUGUGUUUACUUACUUAUUACUUUAUUACGAAUUUUAAUACAUUGGAUGUGGCAAAAUUAAUGUCAUUUGUUAUUAUAUACUUAUCUAUGGCUUUCAAUAUUUUCGUAUUUUGUUAUAUUGGUGAGACCCUCACAGAGCAGUGCAACAACGUCGGUGAAAAGGUGUAUAUGAUUAAUUGGUACGAAUUGCCACAUGAAACUGCUCUUGGGCUUGUUUUAAUAAUAGCACGGUCAAAUAAUGUUAUCAGGUUAACUGCUGGAAAAUUCUUUCAAUUGUCUGUCGCAACUUUUGGUGAUAUAGUUAAAACUUCCAUGGUAUAUUUGAAUAUGUUGCGAACGAUGAAUUCCUCUGCAUGA